ACCCCGCUAAAAAUUCGAACGCUAAAAUGUCCACCCUUGAGCACAUAUAAUUCACCCAUCCUUAUCACCUAAACCUAUCUACCAGCCUAUCGAUAACACUCUAACCCCAUCCGUCCUAGUCCAGGGGACACCAGCGCCCAGACCGAUCUGAUCCAGCCCGGUGUCACCACCCCGGCAACCAUCCUGCUGAUCAGGGUCUUUCAUUCAUCCAUCCAUCCAUCAAUCAAUCGAUUGAUAUUUAAGAUGGCGUCCCGUCUAAUCCAAAGAAACAUCCUCCGCGCUGGUCGUGGUCUACACGCAGCUACCCCAUUCCCCCGACAUGGAUCUCCCGCCUUGACGCGUACGGGCACGCGUACGCGCACCGCUACCGUGCACCGAAUCUCAUCUAACCGGAUGUAUCAUCCUUCACCAUGUUACUACAACACCGAUUCCACAACCCAACCCGGUUCUGCCGAUGGGAAUGCCAAUGCCUCUCAAGGGAGAGUCGGCCCGUACGCAUCCAACGUCGAUGCCGUAGCGCUCGAAGGAAAAGGUCUCACGAGGGUGCAUUGGAUGAAUCAGGACUUGUCUGUUGUGGACCGUCUCAUCCCACCCCAAACCAUCAUCCAAUUCGUAGAAUGCCUAAUGCACGGGGUGCUACCUAAUGGCAAGGAAACCCAGUUUGAGAUUUUGCAGCAGGAAGAGAUGGGCUUGCUCUAUGUUCCCGUUGAUCAGUGGGCACCGUCAUCCUCCUCCUCCUCCUCCUCCUCCUCCUCCUCCUCCACUUCAUCUGGGGAAUCCGAAUCCACUCUGCACCGCAUCAUGCUAGCUGUUGGCAGCCAUGAAGAUCCGCGACGACUCUGCUCGGUAGGAAAGAACAUCCACUCCGUCAAGACUCGACUGUGGGAAGGCAUGGUGCCUAUGUCUGCUGCGCGAUGGAAGGAGAAGGGGUUACAUGAGGGAGAGCAUUUCGAAACGGCGUGCGAGUAUCUCACGUCCGUGGUGACGGUGUUUGAGUAUUUGAAUCAUCCCCAGGUGCGGGCCAAUCUUCGGGACGGGUUUAAUAUCAUUUCCGGGCAUUUGGGGGUGUUUCAGGAUGGAUUGAAUGUGAAGCGUCGAGAACGGGGGCAGACGGUGUUGGAUUUGAGAGGGCUGUGGGAGGAGUUUAUGAGGGCCAAGUAUGAGGUUAUGACGAGUCGGGCGCAUGGGUGGGUGUUGGACCGGGUGAAGGAGUUGCAGGAGCAGUUGGUGGCGGAUAUUUGUGCCUUGCCGGUGUUGAGUGAGGGGGAGUCGAGCCCCGAGUUGGCGAAAUUGUCGGAUAAGUGGUUCAAGGUGACGGAGGUUACGGCGCUGGCGGAUCUGACCAUUUGGUUGCCGAUGGAUGGGUAUGUGGGCUAUCGGCCGGAGGAGAAGGUGGUUGCGGGUUUGAGGAAUCCGAAUCUGGAGGUCUUGCGCAAGACGUAUGCGGAGAAGCAUAAAACCAUGGCGUGGCCGCGGAUGGUGCAGCUGAUACAGGAGGACCCGUCGGGGCAGCCGGGUGAGAGCAAUGGUCAGAGUCCAGUGGAUCGGGCCAAACGCAUCGCCAUCAGUGCCGUCGUGCAGGACGAGCUGCGUCAGGAGAUCCGUGGAGCAGCCCCGCCUGUUGGACCGGAGCCGUGGAUCCAGCGGAUCUUGCAUUUCAACGAGCUAUCGCAGUCCGUGGAGGAGGAGGCUCGGCUGGGCGAGGGACUAGCGAUCUACCGUCUCUCCUACCAGGUAUCGGACGCCGAAUGGGACUCCUUCAAAAGCAAAUUCGAAGCCCACCUCUCUGCCUGGGGCGCCGGGGUAGCCAAAUCCGAGGAAGUCAAGCCCCUGCUCAAAAUCCACUGGUUCGACGGAAAAGAGCUCGGAUUCAGCGACCACGACAUCGAUGCCGCCAAGAAACACUACCAACAGAUCCGAGCCUCCGACACAUACGCCCAGAAACUCCAACACGACGUCUUCCUCGUCGCCGACGGCUGGAGCAUCGGAUCCUACAACGAAUCCGGCUUCCACAACCCAACCAAAACCAUGCUGCCCGGCGACUUCCAGGGCCACAUCCUCGCCGUGGACGCCUACUUCGACCCCGCCACCCCCAACGAGCACGUCGAAGAAUCCCCAGACUUUGACGGCCAGAUGCGCAUCCUCGGCAACUUGGUCUGGAGUGAGCUGUACGCUAUGCUGGCGCUGCGGUGUGCGAGGUUAGAGGAUCUGUGGCCGUUGGCAAUGCAUCAUCCGCAGAAGGUGUACACGGGUCCGACGGUCCCGGCGCAGCGCGCUGAGUGGGCCGAGCAGAAUGCUAUCAAGGCGGCUGUCAUGAAGCCGUUUUUGGAACAGUUGAAGGAGAAACAUCCUGAGAUGGCGCCUGCGGUGGAGAAGUUGAUGAUGCCGCAUCAGUGAUUAUACUAGUGGACAUUGUAUUAUAACUACAUUCUGUUUUGUCUUUGAUACUUUCUUCCUAUGGGUUUAAAAAGCUUGUAGAUCGG